AUGUAUUGUAUUCCGACACUUCAAGAUAUCCCUGAGCUGUCCAAAGACGUUUUAAAAUCAGCAGUUUUAUACGCUCAGAAUAAUGUACCAAGAAAAACGUAUCUUGUUCUUGCCUCAUUUUGUGGAGCCGCUGUAAUUGGGUAUCUAUGGGUUCAACAGAAGUGGAAAUAUUGGGAACGAAAAGGUGUACCAGGACCAAAGCCAUCUUUCAAGGAUAUUGGUAACACAAGAUCAACAUUUCGCGACCAUGGAACUCAGCUUGGUAAAGAUUUUCCCAUGGAUGCAGUUGGGAUCUACAUCUUUGGGGUCACACCUGCCCUUGUGAUCCGCGACCCAGUUAUUUGGAAAGAAGUCUGCGUGAAAAAAUUUCAUAACUUCACUACAGGAGGAAGAACCAGCGCGAACUACUUGUUUGGUAAAAUCAGCCCCGAUUUCUUAACUGUCGCCGAAGGGCCGAAAUGGAAACGACUGAGAAGCACGAUCGCUCCAUUCUUCUCUGGAAAUAAUUUGAAAGAAAUUUGCCUGAUCAUCAACGAUCUAUUUGAGUACUUCGAUGAGAAAUUUAUCCCUGAAAACGAUGAGACAGAUGUCAAUGCGAAAGACUUCGCGAGCAACUUUUCUUUGCGCGCGAUUCUCGCUUCCGGCUUUGCGAUAAAUGCAAAAGAAAAUGAAGAGCUCGCUGAAGAUCUUUACAAACAUGCCAGUAUUCUAUUUGAGGUUGAUUGGAAACAAGCAACGAAAUCGAUGAUGCUACCAAAAUGGCUCCGUUUCAAGCUGAAUGUUACGAGCUAUCCACACUCGACUGACGUUUUCUUCCGGAACAUAAUCUCGGAUAUAAUUGAAAACGGCAAAAAGAAUGGAAAGAAAAACCUGAUUACGCUGAUGGCUGAAAACAUCAUUGAUGAAUCUGAAGAGCUUACUGCUUCUAAAGGAUUCACAAAGGGCGAAAUUUUGGCACAAGCGUUGAUAUUCCAAUUUGCCGGGCAAGAUACAACAGCAAAUGUUCUAUCAUUCUUCCUCUUUGCUUUGUCUCACAAACCCGAGCUACAAGACGAAAUUCGCGGGUUGCUCGAGGAAACUGACUUAUCUUACGAUGGGCUCAAGAAAGUCAAGUUUCUCGAUGCUUGUAUCAAAGAAACUCAACGCUAUUUCACAUUUCUUUUCUUCUUGAGAGAAGCCGAUGAGGACUGCGAGGUCGCCGGGGUCAAGGUUGAAAAGGGUAGCUCUGUGAUGUUCCUGCCCAAAACAGUUCAUCGAAAUCCAGACUACUACCCUAAUCCGGACGCGUUCGAUCCUCACCGAUUCGACAACAAUGAAUCAAAUACCCUCCAAGAUGACUACUGGUUCGGCUUUGGUAUAGGCCCACGAGCUUGUCCAGCUGUGAGAUGGGCAUUUGUUGCCAUAAAAAUCUUCAUCGCCAAUGUUUUGGUCAAAUACGAUGUUUUGCCGGGCGAGAAUGCACCUGCAAUGGACGAAGUCAAUGCCCUCUUCCGAGGAGCAAAAGUCACUACCAACAAACCCAUGCCAAUUCGAUUUAGAAAACGUUCUUGA